AUGGACAUGAUAAUGCAGAUGAUUUACGGUCGUCAUUUGGACAUGAUGGGGUCUCGCCGACACCGUUGGCUGGCACAGGCGCUGCUCGACGGCAACCACUACAUGUAUUUGUGCCUGGCCUCGCCGACGAUCUUCAGGUCUCAGGUCGCCCACUGGCUCGGGUUUCGAGACCGAUUCUUCCCGGGUAUGGCCCACGAAUCCCAGUGGUUUGACGCCAUCGCGGCGGAACUCUUUGACUCGCGAGAUACGAACCACCCGGCCAGCGGCGGGAUCGUCGCGGCCAUGCGACAGGCCGUAGACGAAAAAACCGGUCUUAGUUUCGAGGGGGAGGUCGUGAGGAAGGAAGCUGUCAUGUUGGCGCGCGCCGGCGGCGACACGACCGCGGUGGCUCUAGCCGCCUGCUUCUUCUACCUUUCGACCGACGCCGUGGUUUACAAGAGGGUAACCGGAGAGAUCAGGUCCACUUUCGAUUCCAUGGACGAUAUUUUUCAGACCGACAACUUGUCUCGCUGCGAGUACCUGAUCGCGUCGAUCGACGAGGCGAUGCGUCUCACGCCCCCGGUCCCAGGAUGCCUCUGGCGGAAGGUGGAGCGAGACGUCAUGGUCGACGGGCGACUCGUGCCGCGAGGGACAGAGGUCGGAGUCUGUCAGUAUGCACUUCAUCGGUGUCACAACCUCUUCCCGAACCCAGAUCAUUUUGAGCCGCAAAGAUUCCUCAAAACCACCGACCACGAUGUCCCUCCAGGGGCCUAUACCCCUUUCCAACACGGGCCACGAGCCUGCCCAGCACGUCUACUCGCCCUGAGAGAGCUUCGUUUUGCCCUGGCCCAAGUCUUGUGGCAGAUGGACGUGAGGGUUUUCCCGUUGCACGCCGUCAACGCAGUCACGGGCGAUUCGGGGGUUGAGUUGAAGAUUGAGGAUAUCUUCAGCUCGAAGGCCAAGGCACAAUUUCUCCAGUUCCGCCCACGCUCGGGGCUCGCUGUAUGA